AUGGGAAAUCAAUGUACUUCUGGUGAUAACGAUUCAUAUGCAAAUACAACUAAGGCUAUCGUAAUAAAUGAGUAGUUCAUUGAAGGAGAGAGACCUGCGAUUUGUUAGGAACAUGGGAAAUUCAACGAUGACGAUGCCAUUGAUGUCGUCAUUACUAAUGAAUCAAAUUAUGGCAGAAAAUCCUUGAGUCAAAACUAUAUGAAACAGGCCAACUAUGUUCUUUAAGACAAUGUUGAAUUGAAGCUAUCUUAUAGUGGAUUACCAACUCAAGGUACUUAAGCCGUUCUAUUGUCUGUCUAAACUAAAAAUCAAGCUAUAACUAUUAGAUAAGGAAUUGAUUUAAUAUGUUUGAUUGAUCAUAGUGGAAGCAUGAGUGGAGAGAAGAUGCACUUAGUAAAGAAAUCCUUAAAGCAUCUGUUAAAGAUGUUGUAACCUAAUGAUCGAUUAUGUUUGAUAGAAUUUGAUGAUCAAAACUAUAGAUUGACUAGAUUGAUGAGAGCAACAUAGGAGAACAUGUACAAGUUCUUGAUUGCUAUUGAUACCAUAGAAGCCAAUGGAGCAACAGACAUUGGAAAUGCAAUGAAGAUGGCAUUAUCCAUUUUAAAACACAGAAGAUUCAAAAAUCCUAUUGCCUCUAUAUUUUUAUUGUCUGAUGGUGAGGAUGAGGGAGCAGCAGGAAGAGUGUGGAAUGAUAUUCAAUCAAAGAAUAUCAAGGAACCAUUUACAAUCAAUACCUUCGGCUUUGGUAGAGAUUGUUGUCCCAAAAUUAUGUCAGAAAUUGCUCAUUUCAAAGAAGGUCAAUUCUAUUACAUUUCUGAAAUCUCAAAAAUAGAUGAGUGUUUUUUUGAAGCUUUGGGAGGUGAAGCAUCAGUUAUUGCUUAUAAUACUCACAUUACAAUAUCAUGCAAAAAAAACACAAUUAAAAAAGUUUAUGGUGAUAAAUGGGCAUUAAAUUUAUAAGAAUAAUCAUUUUCUAUCUACCAACCUUAAUUACAGUUUGGUGUGAGGAAAGACUUUAUAGUUGAAACAUCUGUUCCAAUUGGAAUGAUGGAUGAGAUCAUAACUGUAAAAAUGCACACUGAUUCGGUUGAGACUAGUGAAAGAUUUACAAUUGAACAAUUUAUCAAUAUAGUACCUAAUAUGGUAGCUGAGUAAAUUGUAUUUCAGGAAGUGAUGUCUCAUUAUUACAGAGUCUAGGCUGCUGAAACUUUCAGAAAUGCACUCAAUUUAGGCUAUAAUCUACAAUACUAGUAGGCUCAAGCAACCAUAACCGCACUACAAUAGUAAAUCUAUUAGAUGAAUCUCAACAAUCCUAUGAUUAACUUAGUCUAUUUAGAUUUGCAAUAAGCUCUGAGAUAUUGUGAUUCGAUGUUCUUCAAUUAAGAGGGUAGACACUAUUUAACUUAAUUGUACAUGAUCCACAUGUAUCAAUAACCGAGAGGCAUUGAGAUUGUAUCCAACGAUCCAAAAAUGCAGGCGACAUGCGUAUAUCAGAAUGAACUGCAGAAACAAUACAUUCUAUAAUUAAGACAAAUGAAAAUCAAUAAUCCUGAUUAAUUUUAAAAUUGAAACAAUGCGAAUAAAGACAAUCUCAUACUUA